GAGCGCAAGCACAUUGUAGACAAAAUGACGUAUACUGCAUGGUCACGUGAUCCUGAUAACCAAGAAGAUGGCGGCGGGGCAACAGUGGGUGUUAGUUGAGAUGGUGCAAGCUUUUUACGAGGCUCCAGCAUAUCAUUUAAUCUUAGAAGGAAUCCUGAUCUUGUGGAUAAUCAGACUGCUGUUCUCAAAAACAUAUAAACUGCAAGAGAGGUCUGAUCUCACUGACAAGGAAAAAGAGGAGUUAAUUGAAGAAUGGCAGCCAGAGCCUCUGGUUCCUCCUGUGUUGAAAGAUCAACCAUCUCUAAAUUAUGACGUGGUGACUGGCUCUCCAAGCCACAAAAUGAUUGUUAAUGGGAAAGAGUGCAUUAACUUUGCCUCGUUUAACUUCUUGGGCCUGCUCGAUAAUGCACGUGUUAAGCAAAAAGCACUCGCAUCUCUUAGAAAGUAUGGCGUGGGUACAUGUGGCCCAAGAGGCUUCUAUGGAACGUUUGAUGUUCACCUGGAGUUAGAAGAGCGCUUGGCUAAGUUUAUGAGAACAGAGGAGGCCAUCAUCUACUCCUACGGCUUUGCAACCAUAGCCAGCGCUAUUCCUGCCUACUCCAAGAGAGGCGACAUUGUAUUUGUAGAUGAGGCAGCAUGUUUUGCAAUCCAGAAGGGCCUGCAGGCUUCCCGGAGUUUCAUUAAGUACUUCAAGCACAACGACAUGGAGGAUCUGGAGCGACUGCUAAAGGAGCAGGAGCUGGAAGACCAGAAGAAUCCACGCAAGGCCAGAGUUACCAGAAAAUUCAUUGUUGUUGAAGGCCUGUAUUUGAACACAGCAGACAUCUGCCCCCUCCCACAGCUGGUGACGCUGAAGUACAAGUAUAAAGUCCGCAUCUUUUUGGAGGAAAGUGUGUCUUUCGGUGUUCUGGGAGAACAUGGCCGGGGCGUCACCGAGCACUUUGGAGUUAGUAUCGAUGACAUUGACCUCAUAAGUGCCAACAUGGAGAAUGCAGUGGCUUCCAUAGGUGGAUUCUGUUGUGGACGGUCAUUUGUAAUUGAUCAUCAGCGUCUGUCUGGGCAGGGCUACUGUUUCUCAGCCUCUCUUCCACCCAUGUUGGCUACUGCUGCUAUUGAGGCUCUCAACAUCAUGGAGGAAGAUCCAGAAAUUUUUGCCAUCCUGAGGGAAAAGUGUAAAUAUGUCCACAAAGCACUGCAAGGAAUUCCAGGUUUGAAGGUUGUCGGGGAGGCGUUAUCUCCAACGCUCCAUCUUCAGCUUGUGAACAGCACCGGAGCCAGAGACAGUGAUGUCAGGACACUACGCUCUAUCGUUGACUAUUGUUUGGACAGACAAAUAGCUCUGACUCUGGCACACUACCUAGACAAAGAGGAGCGUUUCCUUCCACCACCCAGCAUCAGAGUGGUGGUGACUGUUGAGCAGACGGAGGAGGAAAUUGAGAAAGCCGCAUCCUGUAUUCGAGAGGCAGCUCUUGUGACACUUAAGUAAUUGCGAAUGCCUCCAGCCUGGUGACAGACACUGAAAUCAACAAUAACAUGUCUGUGGAUGUGCAGACCAUCUCCCGUUCUCCUCGUGAUGGUGAAUUAGCCAUGGCUGUGGGAACUGCAGACCUCAGUCCACCGUGGGACAUUCAGUGUGUCAUGCAUCAUGAGAACUGAAUUAAUAGUUGCAGCUUUUUGUCUCAUUAUAAAUAUUAUUUCUAAAACACUGAUCUGUUUUGUGUUGCAGUUUCACACUGAAAUGAAUGUAGAAGUUCCAUUCACCAAAUAUCUUUUUCAUCUGAUGCCUUGAAUGAAAGUUGUUCAAACUGCAGUAAAUACUAAAAACCUAUAGAUAGAAUACAUUAUACUCCAGUUCCUUUUAUACACAUCUUCCCCCAACAUUUCCACAAGAAAGACAUUUCACAAUGCUUUUUUAUUUUAAUGAAAAGUACAUUUGGUUUUUUUUUUUUUUUUUAUUAAAAUGAGAACAUUUUUUAAUCCAGGAAAAAUGAAAUUAUUUUUUACAUGAUUUUUUUUUUUCUUUUUUCAUACCUUGCAUGAAACUGUCAGCUUCUUUUGACAGCAUGACUGCACAUAGCAUUAUGGACACAUUUUACAUUUAUUUUUUUAAUACUGAUGUAUUAUUGAAAUAAUUUCAGUCUUGGAUUUCAAAAAAAAAAAAAAAGUACCAGUAAGCAACAUUAAGAGUUCUUGUGUUUAUCAGAACCCUACAACAGAAAGAGCUUUCAGAACUUGUUUAAUGUUGAACCCUGUAAAAAGAAUACAAAAAGGACCUUAUAUUAAUAUUAUUUAUUUUCUUAUUAUUACUGGAUAUCAUGUUUAUUUUUUGAUAACAAAAUGGCUACUUAACAUUUUUUUUUUGGUUUACAAAUAAAUUAUAAAUUUUGGCCUUAAUCCAAUUCUUCUCUCUUAAAAAGAGCUAUUCAGCACUAUUAAAGGUUCUUUGGUUCUCAGACAGGGGGGAAGCAUUAAAGGUUCUAUCAGAAUCUGAGAACAGAGGGUUUCCUUUAAGAAAAUAGUGUCCUUAAAAAAAAAAAGCUAGAACCGUUAACAUCCAAAGAACUCUUGAUGUGUCUUCUUCCCCAAAAGAGUAUAUCCUGUGUUGCUGCUAACUGUGUGGGGUUUUCUUUAAUAAAAUCAAUUUAUAAAUUGGG